UCUAUGUUGGUUCACUUCAUAGUUCAUACCAACAGAAGGAGCUCAACUAACCAACCUAGCUAGCUUGCUUAAUCUUUCCAUUGCUGCGAUCUCUGAAGAAAAGUGUGGAAGAGCAGGAUGUAUCACCCACAUUGCGAGCUCCUGAUGGCCCACGAGACCAUGGACCUGGACGCCAGCCAGCCGCACCUCGCCGCCUCUGGCGUCGCGACCACUCCGGCGGAGCUCAGCUUCCAGCUUUUCCACUCCCUCGACGCCGCCGCGGCCGUCUCCGCCGUCACGCCGCAGCCCACCGUGGACUACUUCUUCGGCUGCGCCGAUCACCAGCCCGCCGUGCAGUUCGAGCAGCUGGUGGCCCCCAGCGCCCACCACACCAUGAACAUGCUGCGCGACUACUGCAACGGCCAAUACACCACGGCCGAGCCGUACCUCUGCGGGACAAGAUCCGGGGCACUCGUGUUCGGCGCCACCGACGACGAGUCCGCCGCCUACAUGGCCGGGACCUUCGAGAGUUCCUCGCCUCCACGGGCCACCGGCGGCAGGAAGCGGAGACGGGCGCUGGGUGGCGGCUUCCAUGGCGGGCUGGCCAACGGCGUCGAGAAGAAGGAGAAGCAGCGCCGGCUGAGGCUCACCGAGAAGUACACCGCCCUCAUGCUCCUCAUACCCAACCGUACAAAGGACGAUAGGGCGACGGUGAUCUCCGACGCGAUCGAGUACAUCCAGGAGCUGGGGAGGACGGUCGAGGAACUGACGUUGCUGGUGGACAAGAAGCGGCGCCGCAGGGAGCUGCAAGGGGACGUUGUGGACACGGCGCCCGCGGCGGUAGUCGCGGUCGGCGCCAAGGCCGAGAGCUCAGAGGGCGAGGUGGCGCCCCCGCCAGCGGUGCAGCGGCAGCCGAUCCGGAGCACGUACAUCCAGCGGAAGAGCAAGGACACGUUCGUGGACGUGCGGAUCGUGGAGGAAGAGGUGAACAUCAAGCUCACCAAGCGUCGCCGCGACGGGUGCCUCGCGGCCGCGUCGCGCGCGCUGGACGACCUCCGCCUCGACCUCGUCCACCUCUCCGGCGGCAAGAUCGGCGACUGUCAGAUCUACAUGUUCAACACCAAGAUUCAUCCGGGGUCUUCGGUGUUCGCGAGUGCAGUGGCCAGUAGGCUGAUCGAAGUGGUGGACGAGUACUAGGCUACAAUCUAUCCUACUGAUGCAUGAUCGCUUCUACGUUACUACCUAUAGUGUUUCUUGGAUGCAUGUGACUAGUUCUAUCUUUGCUUUAAUUUAAAACGCUUGGUAUGUUUAGUUAUUUUUAAGUAUCAGGUUGUUUUGGACGAAUUGAAUAA